AUGAUCACGAUAACAAUCGAUGACAAAGGACAUUCCACGGGAAUUAUACAUCAAAUAGGGAGCACGUGCCAUCUUUGUCUCUACUUGUCGCCGGGCAAUUUCUCUUCCUCUUUGAAACAAAGAUCCUUCACUGCUGUCAACAUGCAACAGCAAUCACAAAACCAACAAAAUGAUGACGAUGGCAAUGUGGUAAGACUAAGGGGAUUGCCUUGGGCAGCCACAGCUGCUGAUGUGCUAAAGUUUUUUGAAGGUUGUCGUGUCUAUGGUGAUGACCUGGGGGUUCAUUUCACCUAUUCACGCGAAGGAAGACCGAGCGGUGAGGCCUUUGUUGAAUUUGUCAAUCAUGAAGACAAAGAACUUGCCCUCAAGAAGAACAAUGCUCACAUGGGACAGAGAUAUAUUGAAGUUUUCAGAUCUAAGAAAAGCGAAAUGGAUUGGGUGAUCAAGCGAGCUGGGUCAAGCCAAGUGACUGGGCAAAGUGAUGCAGUGGUAAGAAUGAGAGGAUUGCCAUUUGGAUGUUCGAAAGAAGAAAUUGCUCAGUUUUUCACAGGGCUGGAGAUUGUCCCCAAUGGGAUUAUGCUACCUGAGGACCGACAGGGGCGCAGCACGGGGGAGGCCUAUGUACAGUAUGCAUCGCCAGAAAUAGCAAAAAAGGCAUUGGAAAAACACAUGGCAAGACUGGGGCACAGAUACAUAGAGAUCUUUCCUAGUACAUUGCAAGAAGCCUAUGCAAAUGUUGGCCCUCCAAGGCAACGUAACAUGGGUUUUAUGGGCAGUAACCGACCUGGUCCCUAUGAUAGGAAUGAUCGUUUCAGCGGUGGCAUGAAUGCCAUGGGCGGUGGUUUUGCUGGUGGUGGCUAUGGCAGAGGCAGAGGUGGACGGAAUGUAAAAGGAUUCUUUGAAGAUGAUUAUGAUGAAUAUGGCGGUGGCUAUGGUAGUGGAAUGGGCUUUGGUAGCAUCAACCGAAGGGGAAAUAUUCGGCCACAGAAUAGAGGCAGGUUGCAGAGUGGUUCUCUGGCUAGACCUCGAGGUGCUACCCCAGGUAGCCACUACAUUAGCAAAUCAGGUCAUUCCGUGCACAUGAGAGGACUUCCAUUCCAGGCAAUAGAACAAGACAUCAGAGACUUUUUCAGGCCACUUGAACCAAUUAGAAUAGAAUUUGAAUAUAGAAACAACAGACCUACAGGUGAAGCUGAUGUUGACUUUGCUACACACCAGGAUGCUGUAUCUGCAAUGGAACGACAUAAAAACUAUAUACAGGACCGCUACAUAGAAUUAUUUUUGAACUCCACACCUGAUGGUCGUGGUGGCAAUGGAGUUGGUGGUGGAUAUGGAGGCGAUGGUCCAAUGGGAGGUGCCAGAUUUGGUGGAGGAGUUGGAGGUGGAAUGGGAGGUGGCGGAGGCAUGGGAGGUGGAAUGAAUAAUUAUGGUGGCAAUUUCCUCUCUGACUUCAACAGUGGCAUGGGAGGAGGAGGCAUGGGCGGCGGCAUGGGAGGAGGAGGCAUGGGCGGCGGCAUGGGAGGAGGAGGCAUGGGCGGGGGGAUGAACAACUACGGCGGUGGUGGAAUGAACAACUACAUGUCUCCGCCCAGUGGGGGUGGCUUUGGCGGUAUGGGAGGUGGUGGUAUGGGCAUGGGUGGUGGCAUGUCCAACAAUGUCAUGGGAAAUCCAAACUACACACCUUUCUAA